GACUUUUCAAGUCAACCUGUCCCAAUAACGAAACUGUUCUUCACGAAUCUAGGAUGAGAAACUUUACCAACACGAAAUUAGAAGUUCUGGGUCUUCCCUCUUCCCUAUGCUUUCGCCCUCAUUUGCCUCCCACCUUCAUGUAAACUUACACGUAUCUUCUCUCUUUGAACCAAAACCCUUUUGAUAAAACCCCUCCAUAGAGAUCAAGACACAAACCAAGCUCAAUUCUUCACGCUGCAAAGUCAACAAACAAGGCAAAAAAAGUGUUUGAACCUCGAAGCCAUGGAUGGUAAAGUAGAUUGGUCUGAACUUCCCAUAGAGCUAUGGCCCAAGAUCGGAAAAUCCCUUGAGAAUCACAUAGAUGUUGUGAGAUUUCGCAGUGUGUGUGAGUCAUGUCGAUCUUCCAUCCCUCCCUCUCUUCCAAAUUCUCCUUCUUUUCCCAUGGAAAUUCCUCACCCCAUUAACCAAUCCAGAGACACUUUCCUCAAACGAGCAACGGUUUAUGUCAUUGAGCCAAGUGAUGGUGCCUCCAAGUUAGAGCCUUUGGCACCCUCUUCCAAAGGGUGGUUAAUCAAGGUUGAGGAAUCAAGGAACCACCCCUUGACUUUGCUGAGUCCAAUAUCUGAUCGUAAAAUCAUGUACCCUGAUGGCACUAGUUCGCCCAUGUUGUGGAACUUGUUGGACUAUAGGGUCAAUGAGUUAUGCAAAUCAUAUAGUAUUCACUGCAGGGGUCGUUUCUCUUCCGCAGUGAGCAAAGUUGUGUUUUUUCCCAAUUCCCCUUGGUUUGGUGCUGAGGAAUCUGUGGCUUGUUGCAUCUUUUUGGAGGGGAAGUUGGGGUUCAUGAAAUAUGGCGAUGAUAAAUGGACCCUUGUGGAUGACAAGAACUUUUUCUAUGACGAUGUUAUUGUGUUCAAGGGUCAGUUUUAUGUCACUGACAAGUGGGGUACAAUUUCGUGGGUUGACACCUCUUCAUUGAAGUUGGUGCAGUUUUCCCCUCCCUUGUGUGGCUUUGGAAACAAGAAGCACUUGUUGGAGUCAUGUGGGAGUCUCUAUGUUGUUGAUAGGUUCUUCGAAAGUGAACCCCCCAGAAGAAGGAACUACCUUGGACCUGCGAAUCGUGAUGCUGCGGUGGAGUAUUUCAAGGUUCAUAAGUUGGAUGAAGAGUGGGGAACAUGGGUUGAUGUGAAAAACUUGGGAGAUAGAGCGUUUGUUUUGGGUAAUAGUUGUAGCUUCUCUGUUAAGGCUAAUGAGUUAACGGGGUAUCAAGGGAAUUGCAUCUACUUCACGGAUAUCUUUGAUGUUCGUGUUUACAACUUAGAUGAUCGUAGUAUUGUUGCCAUUGACUUUGAUCCCUGCAUUGACAAAUCUACUAUGUGUUCUAAAAACUCUUGGGUUAGAGUUGGAAUAUAAAACCAGUUUCGCAGUAAUUAAGUUAAAAGCACGUGUAUGGACCCCUCUCCCUGAAGAAGUGCAGACUGCAGACAAACUAUUAACUGGCAUACAAAUGGAGGGUUGAUUUUGAAUUGUAGAAAAUCGCUUUGCCUGUUGAGUAAUUAUUGGUUCAUUUGCUGAAUGACCCGUGUCACAAGUUAGUUGAGAUGAAAAACUUGUAUAACUGGUUUGUUCUCCGUGUUCUGCUCAUCUCACUUUGUAUUGUGAUAAGAAUCAAGAACAUAAUAGUGAUAUCUGUUACACUUUGGUAGUAUAUAUCGGGAGCUUGUGUACGAAAGUGAUUCUACAUGUUCUCUUCUCUUGCUACAAUGAAUCAUGUCUUUGUCUUGAGUCAUGAUCAAAUAGGAAUUGAAUUUUCAGUUCAUAUAAUUGAUGCUAUACUGCUGAAUAUUCACUUGCCACUGGCUUUAGGAUGAUUGUAUCUUUAGAAUUUUCUGGUUUGAAUGAAUCAAAACAGGGAAAUUAACGAAUUAAGUCGCCAACAAUAAGAGGUUGGUCUAAGUGGUGAUAGACCAGCAUCUCUUUAAAUUCUGACGUGUAUAUGGAGCCAAACAA